AUUUAAGAAAUAACUAAUUUGACUGAACUAAAUGCUAGCUCUUAUUUUUAAUGAGUUCCAUAAAGAUAAAGUUGUGGGGCUAUCUCACGGAAUGAAGGACGUGUUUUAAAGCUCCAGACUCUCUUUAUGUUGCUUGGAUAGUUUUUUAUGCAAGCCGUUAUGAACAAAUGUUUUUUUCGUCAUACUGCAGCCAAUCUACGAAGAAAUUACACUCAGCUCCCAUCUAUAUAGGCAUCAUUCAUGAAUAUUUGCGUCGCUGGCAUCUUUCUCUAUUUGGUUUUUCUUGGAAGAUGCCCCGUGGUAGUUUCUGCGUCUUUUAAGGAAGUUAUGGGUUGUGUUUCAAAAGAAUACCGUGGAGUUCGGCAAGAGAUCUGGAAAAACCUUAUAGUAGAAGGGACGUUAAGUGGCUUAGAAUCCGACUUUCGCUACCCACACCACCCAGACACGGUGGAAUUUCGCCCAAUUUUCGACGACCCUGGGAAAAGGGAAUGGUACUAUGGUCAGCGGCUCACAACGUACUUCGUGGCGCCAGAGACUGGGAACUACGUAUUCUACUUGUCAUGUGACGACCAGUGUAAGCUGUCAAUCAGCACAGACCAUCACGUGAACAACAUGCGGACGGUUGCUUGGGUAAAGGACUGGACCAACUACAGGCGCUGGAAAACAUAUCCAUCACAGCAAAUAAGUGAAGAAAUACCGCUGACAGGGGGCUCGUUCUACUUUUUGCAAGUCAUCAUGGUGCAGGUGCAAGGACUGGAUCACGUGUCAGUCGGAGCUGAGUUCCCGGAUGGAACAAUAAUGCUUCCGCUGACCGAUAAGUAUCUCGUUCAAUUUGAAACAGACCCCACCAAACACGUGAAAAUAUUAGCUCGCGGUGAUUGGUCGACGUGCAGCGCUUCGUGUGGGCGUGGCGUGCAAACUCGUAACAACACCAUGUGUCAGUACCCGCCCCUUAACUUUGCCAUCAUGAACCGUACGGAGAGUCGGUCCUGUCAAUCAAAGCCCUGCCCAGGGCCACCUAGGGUGAUCUCUACAACUGCCGUUUCGUCAUUCUCGGUGACAGUCACUUGGCGACCAGAACCACAACCAAUUCAAGGAUACAAUGUCUCUUACGUCAUGUACUUAAAACUCCCGGCAUCCUCCAGGUCCCGCCGUGCAAUCAGUCACGUGGUCUCUUCUUCCGGAAAUGGUCACGUGAUUGUCUCAGCUGACGUGCACUCAGUGGUGUUGCUCGGGCUGCGCGCGCAUAGAGAUUACUGCGUGAGGGUGGCGACGCUGACCAGUGACGGCCGGAGUAUUACGUCAUUAUGCGUUAACGUGACAACGGAGCAGACAGCUCCAAGCGCCGCGCCCACCGGCCUGUCCGCUGUCAAUAAGACAAGCCCUCACAAGGUCUCAGUUCAGUGGGGCCCUGUUCCACUUGGGGACCAGAAUGGAGUCAUUCUAGGGUACUAUAUACAGCUGUACCCGGUCAGUACUGCUGAUGAGGAGCCAAGAUCCAAGAACGCGAUAACUAUACGAGUUUUGGAUCCUGAGAUGGGCGCAAUAGUACCAGGUCUCCAAUCCUACACGGUCUACAGCGUCCGAGUGGCUGCAUUUACAGCAGAGGGGACUGGUCCAUAUUCUGAGCCCAAAUACGUGGAGACUUGUCGGUGUCCGAAAAGAUUCUUCACAAACUGGUGGACACUGCCUCCGUUGACAAUGAACGCAACUACGCAUGCUCCACCACAGGGAGCCUUUAUCGAACUUUUAGAUACCUUCACGACGCAUGCGUGUGGCCUAUGUCACCACCACAGGAGGACCGUGAUUCGUUACGAUACCUUAAGGCUCGCCCAUGUCAGCGCGCACAAGCCAAGCCUCUCUGACGUCAGAAAGUCGAUACGUGACACCGCUGACCUGAGCUUCCCUAUGACACUUCCUGAGGACAGCCACAAGAGUAGCCCGGAUGACGACGUCAUAUUUGUGCCUGUAAUGAAGAUGACGUCAUCCAUUGUUUAUAUAACUGAGGAGCUAUCCGCUGGCGUAUAUGCUAGUGCCGUGGGCUCAUCUAUCUUGCAGUGCCUACCGGUGCUGGCGGGAUUAUGUGUGACGUCAUAUCUGGUCGGGAUGAUAUUUUGGUUUUUGGACGCAAAACACAACCCAGAUCUUCAUCCGUCGUUUAUCAAAGGAGCAGCAAAAGGGUCGUGGUGUGCGUUCAUAUCAACAGCCUCUGUUGGCUAUGGUGAUUGCAUCCCUGUGUCUUCGCCUGCCCGCGUAUUUAUGAUGGGCUGGAUAAUAAUGGGAUUGAUCUACUGGUCGAUUUUCAUGAGCUUGGUGACGUCUUCACUAAGUGUCAGCAUCGUCAUGUUAACAAAGAAUCCAGAGUCAGGGGGAAAGAUUGGUGUUAUUCAAGGCUCCAUGGAGUUUAAAGUCGCUACAAAAAUCAACGGCUCUAACGGGAUCCGUUGUAUUGGCUUUAAAACACAAGAAGAGAUGGUCGCUAACCUCACCACUGGUCAGCUAAACGGUGUACUGCUCGACUCGAUCAGCGCGGCAAGAACAGAUUAUCCCCUCCCUCCCACGGGAUACAAACCUGCCAAAGUUUUCGAUCUGGACUAUAGUUAUGGAGUGUAUUUGGGUGGCGAUGCUGUCAAGCUUGCCCAUCUAUUCAAAGACUAUCUAAAAAAGCAUCCAUUUGUUUUGAAGACAGAAAACAACCUGCGAGACCAAGCGAUGAAGUCAACUUUGUCAACCACCUCUCUACCUCCGACAGAGGAGAUGACAGUCAGCUUCUUUAACCCCUCUACUCCCACAUUCAGAGGAACGUUGCGUUUUUCAGUCGCUCUACUGCUUGGGCUUAUAGCUUGUGGUAGCAUUUACAGCCUAAUCACUUUAACCUGCAACGAGAAAAAUAAGACAAGGUUUGGUAUAAGAGCUAACAACAACAACAACAGCUUAGACAUGUCCAUCAACCGACCAAAUCCCAAGCAUUUCCGAAGCGAACUUCGCAUGGUUGUAGAAGAGUUUUACAAAAACUGCAAAGCAGUUCAAAGACGUCUUACUGUAAAGCAUCUGAAAGAGCAAAGAAGCUUUCUCCAUCAGAGGGUGAAUCGUCGUAUCUCUGUGACGUCAUCCACGAACACGUCGCCCCGAGAGUCGUCACAGAAAGCUGACAUUAAUUCCUAUGGUUAUGGAACCCCUGUUUAACGUUUUUUUUUAAGUACUUAACCCUGCUAAGGAAACUGGAACUUGGCGAUGUCAAGGAAGUAGUCGACUUCACUUUAUGCGACUGUUCUGUUUAGUCGUUAUGGACAAC